AUGGGAAAUCCGCCCGGUUUUAUUUUUUUUACAUCAACUGCAUCUUGCCCGACCUCGGGGUUGUCCCAACUGCAGAUUCCCCUGUCGGCCUUGUCAAGCGAUUCACGACACGCCGACUGUGGUGAAUAUGCCGUCAGCUCAGGGAAGCCAGCCCGAUGUAAGCCCCGUGUCGGAAGGUUUUCCCACCGCGGCCCCGAUGAGGAGCCGGCGUUGGGAGCUACCCCGACCGCAGACGGCCACGUGGGUCCCGCGUUGGAGGUUGGGCCAACAGCGGCUCCCGAUACCUCCCGCUCCGAGCCUCUGCAGGAAAUUUGGGCGGGGUUGGGAGGUUCCGAUCAAUCGAUAAUCGAUCUCGAAGGCGCACGAGAUGGGUUUGAAGACAUCCAUCAAGAAAAUCAAAUCAACCAGACUCAUCGGAUCCUGAUCAGUGACUUGGUUUGUCAAUUGACUCUUGAAUACAUCGCGGCCAUCCUCAAGGAACCUUUCGAUCAGUUGGAUCAUCUACGCCCAGAGGGAAAACUGCAUCGCAAACUCAAGGCUGCCGAUGUCUUGUUGAGCUCAACAGGCGAGAUGUCACCUGAAGUCAUCAAGCAAUCUGGUUAUGAUUCUCAAGCGGACAUCUACUAG